GUACAAUUCAAGCUUCUCGCUUAUGUUUACUCAUGGGUUUCUCAUCUCGUGAAACCAGAUGCGGUACUGUCAAAAAGCGCCAAGCGACCCGGGAUUCGCGGCCGGGUGAACGAUUUCGCGAAUUCGGAGGCCCAGCGCCGAUGAGCCUGAAUUCCAGAUAGAUUACUUAUUGGCUGCUGAAUUUCUCACAGAUCACGCUAUUCCGGCUGCUCACCCGGAAACGCCUUUACAAUUUCUAUAUACACCAAACGGAUAAUUUCCAGGCUAUGGUUCUUCUUCAACCCCAGGCUUCCAUAAGCGACGGACGAUAUGCAGCAAGGACUAUGUCCCCCGCAUACAUCAAAUUUUCCCCUCCAUGGAAUAUUCUCCAUCCAAUAAAGAUGAUGGUAAUGGUGGCAAGGUCGUGUUCGGCCUAGUGUUGCAAAAAAUGUAAAAAAAUAAAUCUGCCCUUAUAUAUCAUCCAAAUUUCCCCACGCCCCGAUGCUCUGUUCUAUGUCACUUGCGUCGUUCCUUUCAUUGCAAUCAUGAAGUUGUCGAGCUUUGCUGGUAGGGUUUUCGGCUCGGUUCUAUAUGGUAAGCCUGGAGAUGCACUUCUGGCUGUGCUGUAUUUACUAAUUGUCAAUAGUGGCAUCUACUGCUCUUGCACAGGAUUUUGCCACACAUGGAAUGUACACCGAACCAAAUACUCGAAUCACUUUCUAUACCAGCUACCAGCAGGAUGGACCAAUUACUGGAGGUGGGGAGUUUUCAAUGACAUCUGUUGGAGGUUUCACAUUUGGCAUGGCUUUACCACCAAGUGCGGCAACCACGGAUUAUUAUGAUUAUAUUGGGCUAGUUGUAUGUAAUACCAAAUUCGAUUCGGUUGGAUACCUGAUACUAACCUCUUCAGAUCGGCUCUACCCCCAACAAAAAGGGAUGGACUGGUGUACUACAUGGAGAUCAAGGUGCAGGAAUGCCUAACCAUCUCAUGAUUUUGGCAUGGCCUACAGGAAAUGGAAACGAGAUUGCAACAUCUUUCCGCUACUCACCGUAAGCACGCUCGUUUCAGUUGCUUCUGUGCAAAGACUAACUGCACCAAUAGCUCUUACCAGUUGCCAGUCAUUUACCAAGGAAGUGCCAAAUUGACGAAAAUAUACACAAAUGUCAAUGACACACAUUGGACGAUGGUAUACAAGUGUUCAAGGUGUCUGAUCUUCGAUGAUCCCUCACAAAGCGAAUUCAACGCCUCAACCUCUGCAGGUCAAUUCGGUGCAGGUUGGGCUCAGUCAGUAACUAGUCCAGUGAACCCGCCAGAUCCAAACUCGGAUUUCUCCCAGCACGAUAAUGGACAAGGCUCAUACCGGAUCAUUGUUAGUUCUGCCACUCAAGAGUCCUAUAGUAAAUGGGAGAGUAUGACGGCUACCGCAGCUCCUCCAUCUUCUACAACGACCCCUCCAACUACAACCACUCUUCCGGUCUCAGGAGUCCCAGUCCCAACACAAACUAGCUAUGAUUACGUUGUGAUAGGAGGCGGAGCUGCUGGCAUACCAAUUGCUGACAAGCUUUCCGAAUCUGGGAAAUCGGUUCUGCUCAUUGAAAAGGGAGUUGCAUCUUCUGCUAGAUGGGGUGGAAGUAAGUAAAACCUACAAAGCACCUAAUCACGCUGACAUGAGUAUAGCCUAUCGACCUGAAAGCGGGUGGUUAGACGGGCAUAACUUGACUUGGUUCGAUAUACCAGGAGAAUGUAACAGAAUCUGGAAUGGUGGAUCGGCUGGCGUUGCUUGCACCGACACGGAUCAAAUGGCAGGUUGUGUUCUCGGUGGAGGGGCUGCGGUCAAUGCUGGACUAUGGUGGAAGGUACAUUGUAUCUCCGAGGCCCUGCUGUUUAAGUCCUAACAUUCAACAGGCAAACCCAUCCGAUUGGGAUUACAAUUUUCCCGCAGGAUGGAAAGCCAGAGAUAUGCAAGGUGCAACAGAUCGAGUGUUUUCUAGAAUACCGGGAACAGACCACCCUUCCCUUGACGGGAAGCUCUAUGUUCAAUCAGGUUUUGAUACCCUCAGAACGGGCCUCGAGAAGGCCAAGUGGAAGAGUGUCACAGCAAACAAUGUCCCAGGCGAAAAGAACAGAACCUAUGCGCAUACCCCGUACAUGUCUGCCAAUGGAGAGAGAGGCGGACCGAUGGCGACAUACCUAGUCACCGCCUCCAAGCGGAAGAAUUUCCAAUUGUGGCUUAACACAAGUGUCGAACGCAUCAACCGGGUUGGUGGACAUGCUGUCAACCUUGACGUCUCCCCUACAAUUAAUGGAGGCCGUGUAGGCACUGUCAAAUUGACACCGGUCACUGGUCGUGUGAUUCUUGCAGCCGGUGCAUUUGGAACCCCAAAACUCCUAUUCCGAAGCGGAAUUGGCCCCAAGGAUAUGCUUGAUGUUGUUGCUAGCAGCUCAGACUCUAAAGUCAUGAUCAACUCUGCAAGCUGGAUUAAUCUUCCGGUUGGACAAGGUCUCAAUGAUCACCUGAAUACGGAUACCGUCAUCUCCCAUCCAAACGUUUCUUAUUAUGACUGGGUUGAAGCCUGGAACACGCCAAUUGAACAAGACAAAGUCAACUACCUCACCAAACGAAUCGGUCCUCUCACCCAAGCUGCACCAAACAUUGGACCGAUGAUGUGGGAAGAAAUUAAGGGCCCCGAUGGUAUCGUCAGACAAUUCCAGUGGACUUCCAGAGUUGAGGGGUCGAUGGGCGAGCCGAAUGGAAAUACCAUGACACUCAGUCUUUACCUUGGUCGUGGCUCUGUUUCCCGUGGCAGAACCUCUAUCAACAAAGGUUUGAAUAUGCUGGUGUCUACCAUUCCGUAUGGUGAUCCGAAUGAUCUCGCUGCCGCGGCUGCUGCGAUCGAUAGUAUGGUCAAGACACUGAAUACCAUUCCGAACAUCACCUGGGUACAUCCUACAGCCAACCUAACCGGAGCGGAAUAUCUCAAGACUGUAAGACAACUCAAACCCACCUCCCUCCGAAUCCGUGCUAAUAAAUGUAUAGCUCCCACUAGACUACGCCAACGUCGGCUCCCGGCGUUCCAACCACUGGAUGGGCACCGCCAAACUCGGUACGGACAGCGGUCUGAAAGGCGGAACUUCCGUCGUCGACACCAACACCAAGGUCUACGGCACCGACAACAUCUUCGUCGUCGAUGCCAGUAUCUGGCCUGGGAUGCCGUCUACCAACCCCAGUGGCUUGAUUGUCGUCGCGGCUGAACACGCAGCGGAAUUGAUUCAGAGACUACCGCUUAAUACUGCGCUUCCGAAGGUACGUCUUUACUAGUAUCUCUGCAUUGUCUGUGAGGGAGAGAGAUUCUGAUAACUCAUUAGGGCGCGAAAUGCGGUGGCGCGGAUUAUGGUGGGAGUCAGGUCUGUAGAGAUCCGUUUGUGUGUAAGGUUGUCUCGAAGAGUCUGUCGACGGUUAGUAUUCCCCCUCCUAUCCAUCUUCAUCGUCCAUUUACUAUUUACUGAUUGAUUUUCCUUAUAGUGCGCGUAAGAACUGUGGUAGAGCAGAGCUGGAUAUAUGAAUUUUUGUACAUACUUUUUUUCUUGUUCCCUGAGUAUUUCGUUGUGUGGAGCUUGCUAGUGUGUUUGUACUGUUGUACUGUAUAUAUUUUUAGUACAUACGUGACAACACGAUAUGAUAUAAAUAUAUACCUUUCCUUUUCUUGCUGUGUUAUAAGCGGCUUGCAUGACGUAGAUGGAGUAAUUGGAGUAGAGUGUCUCGCAC